AUGUGUGGAAUAUUCGCCUACUGCAACUUCUUGAAGGAAAAGCGUCGUCAAGAGGUCCUUGAAAUACUUUGUGGCGGUCUUGCUCGCCAGGAAUACCGAGGAUAUGACUCAGCUGGACUGGGAAUCGACGGUGACAAACCUGGCGAGGUUGUUUUCUUCAAGGAGGUUGGAAAGGUAGCUGGCCUCCGAAAACAAAUUGCCGGAACCGUCAUGGAUUACGACAAAACCUUCGAUUCUCAAGUCUCCAUCGCACACACUCGGUGGGCAACGCACGGACCUCCUUCGCGUGCCGAAUUCAUCGUCGUUCACAACGGUAUCGUCACCAACAGCGGCGAGCUUCGUGCUGUGCUUCAAAAGCGUGGAUACCUGUUCGAGACGGAAACCGACACGGAAGCUGUCGCCAAGCUCCUGAAAUAUGUUUAUGAUUCGCAGGCGUCCAAGCACCUCACUUUCACCGACCUUGUCAAGUUGGUAUUGAAGGAGCUCGAGGGUUCCUUUGCAUUCGUUUUCAAGUCGACCCACUUCCCCAACGAGGUCGUGACGGCUCGUCGCGGUUCUCCUCUUCUUAUCGGCGUUAAGACCGACAGGAAGCUCAAGGUCGAUUUCGUUGAUGUCGAAUUCGCGCGGGACCCUAGUCAGGCCGCUAACCUUCAACCUACCUCGCCCACCUCCACCACAUCUUCACUCCUUGCCCCUCCCACUGCAAAGCCUGGUGCCCUUAGUCGACAGUCUCGCGGGUUCAUGUCAGAAGAUGGCCUUCCUCAACCUAUUGAAUUUUUCAUCGCCUCUGAUGCUGCUGCUGUCGUCGAGCACACCAAGCGCGUUCUCUACCUCGAAGAUGAUGACAUCGCUCACAUCGCUGAAGGAGAACUCCACAUUCACCGUCUCCGCCGCAAGGAGGAUGCCAACCAGACCCCUGGCCAGAUCGCUUCCACCCGAAGCAUCGAAACCCUCGAAAUUGAAAUCGCUGCCAUCAUGAAGGGCAAAUUUGACACCUUCAUGCAGAAGGAGAUCUACGAACAGCCAGAGUCGGUUGUCAACACCAUGCGUGGGCGUGUCAACUUUGACACUAACAAGAUUACACUCGGUGGCUUGCGGGAGUACUUACCCAUCAUACGUCGUGGUCGCAGAAUCGUUUUCAUCGCUUGUGGCACCAGCUAUCAUUCCUGCAUCGCUACCCGUGCCAUAUUCGAGGAGUUAACUGAGAUACCUGUCAGCGUCGAGCUAGCUAGUGACUUUUUGGACCGCAAGACGCCUAUCUUUAGAGAUGACAUCUGCAUAUUCUUGAGUCAAAGUGGCGAGACUGCGGACACGAUCUUGGCAUUGCGAUACUGUUUAGAACGCGGAGCACUCUGUGUUGGUGUUGUCAACACCGUCGGUUCUACUAUUUCUCGGGAGACUCACUGUGGUGUCCACAUUAACGCCGGUCCCGAAGUCGGUGUGGCUUCCACCAAAGCAUACACGUCCCAAUACAUUGCUUUGUUGAUGAUGGCUCUCCAACUUUCGGAAGAUCGCAUCUCUUUCACAGAACGUCGUAACCAAAUCAUUGAAGGUCUUCAUGCCAUGCCCUCCCAAAUCAAACGUGUACUGGAACAGGACUCCCAACUUCAACAGUUGGCCAGCACGGUUGCCGACAACAAAAGUUUGUUGAUCAUGGGCAGAGGAUACCAAUACGCUACAUGUCUUGAAGGUGCCCUCAAAAUCAAGGAGAUCAGUUACAUGCACUCUGAGGGUAUACUUGCUGGAGAGCUCAAGCAUGGUCCCCUGGCCCUGAUUGACGAGAAUAUGCCCGUCAUCAUCAUCAUGACGCAAGACUCCCUCUAUCCCAAGGUUCAGUCUGCAUUUGCACAGAUAACGGCCCGGAAGGCCCAGCCCAUCGUCCUUUGUACAGAAGAUGAUGAUGGUAUCCCUAAGGGCGCUAAGACGAUCCGUGUUCCGAAGACCACCGACUGCCUCCAGGGCCUCUUAAACAUCAUUCCCCUUCAGUUGCUCAGUUACCAUCUGGCUGUGAAGAACGGAUGUGAUGUUGAUUUCCCCAGGAACUUGUAA